GAAGACAGCAGAAACCCAACGAUGGCCCGUACUAAGCAAACCGCUCGUAAGUCCACCGGAGGCAAGGCUCCUCGCAAGCAACUGGCAACGAAAGCUGCGCGCAAAAGUGCCCCUGCCACGGGAGGAGUGAAGAAGCCUCAUCGCUAUCGGCCAGGAACCGUCGCCCUGCGUGAAAUCCGUCGUUACCAGAAAUCCACUGAAUUGUUAAUCCGCAAGCUGCCAUUCCAGCGUCUGGUCCGUGAAAUUGCUCAGGACUUCAAAACGGAUUUGCGAUUCCAGAGCUCAGCCGUUAUGGCUCUGCAGGAAGCCAGUGAGGCUUAUCUGGUUGGUCUGUUCGAGGACACCAAUCUGUGCGCCAUCCACGCCAAGCGAGUGACCAUCAUGCCGAAGGAUAUCCAGCUGGCCCGUCGCAUUCGUGGAGAACGUGCUUAAAUUUGACU